AUGGAGGAGUUUUUGUGGAAGUGUAUAAAAUACGAAAGAUUUAAAGAUGCGAUAUACGCUGUAGAAGCACUGGAGAUAGAGCAGAAAAAAGAGAACCCAUUGCUCCUUGGCUAUCUGUUUAUGCGAAACGGCGAGUACAGAAGAGCGCUCCAAUAUCUCUCCAAGAAUCACUCGUACAGCUCUGUGUACUACCAGGCCCUGUGCCACAGGAAAAUAAAAGACUACAACCAAGUGAAGUAUCUGGCGGUGGAGCUACUUAGCGCAGCAAAGAAAAGCGUGGCUCCUAGGAAUCUAACACCCUUAGAAAAGAUGUACAUUUUGGAGACAGAUAGAUCUUUUAUCCUGAGCAUGCUCGCAGAAGCAGAGAUAGAGACGGGAUGCCCUGAGGUGGGAUUUAAGAGGUCUUUGGAAGCCGUUGCAGAGGAGAGUCUCCUGUACUCGACGUACCAGCCGCUGCUAGAGGAGAGCACGAAAGCCAUGCGAAAACAGGAAAAAGAAGACGAGAACAUGUCAAACAGCGAGAUAUCAGAAAGCAAGAAAGAAGAGUCAGAGGUUCACACAGGCAUUGACAGCAAGCUAGCAAAAAGACUAAAUAAGGAAAAAGAUCCCAGUGCUAGGUUUAUUAUAAAAAGUAUCAUAACAGAGUCUUCCUUGCUGAAAAAGAUCUCCAGAGGGUCUAUCGAGUCUAUUCCAGCGUACAUUUCCAUUUUUAGCCAAAUGCCCCUCUACAGCAUAUCGAGAAUAGCAGUGCAGAUAUUUGAGUGCGGAUACAUGCAGAGGUCUGGAGCAGUCUUUGAAUACAUCAGAGCAAGAGACCCGUGCUUUAUCGAGGGCAUGCACUACUAUUCCAGCAUUCUGUGGCACAGCCGAGAGAAGAACCUGCUUGUCUCCCUCAGCAGAGACAUAUUUGGCAUAGAUCCCACAUCGAAUGUUGCUUGGGCCGUAUUGGGCAACCAUUUUAGCUUGAAAAAAGACACCGAUAAGGCUUUAGAGUGUUUUGAGCGGAGUCUAUCCAUUAGCAGAGACCCGUAUGUGCUGUGUCUGAUGGGGCACGAGCAGUUCAUGAACAGCAAUCUAACGGAAAGCCUCAAAUGCUUUAUUGAGUCAAUGAAGAUCAAGUCAGAGAACUACAGCGGAAUAGCUGGCUGCGGGCUGAUCUACGAAAAGAUAGGAAAGAAAGAAAGCGCUGAAUACUGCUUUACAAGGGCUAUAUCUGCCAAUCCGCAGAACAUUCUGCUUGCCUACCUGGCUGUCAAAUACUUUGUCUCUCAGAUCAAGCUGGAGAAUGCGUACUCUCUGCUCCAGAAGCAUCUGCGCAUAAAAGAGAGCGUGGAAACAGUUGCAAUGAAUGUGUUGAACAACUCCAAGUGGGUCGAAGAGAUGUACGAGAAGGCUGCAGAGAACGAGCAGACAGCCAGUCUAGCUGGAUCAUUUUUGUUGGAGCUGUCGUACAUCUUAGUGCACAGUGGGUACCUCCAGAGCGGGGAAAUACUUGCUAAAGAGUCCACGGGAAGAGGCCAGUAUUUCCAUGCUAGAAAGACAUAUGUGUUCGAUCUUAUUGCAUCACUCUCAUCGGGCGAUGCAUCCAUAUCAAUGUAA